AUGCCACCAAAUACAAGGAACUCUAGGCACAAUUCGCCUAGGAGGGAGGAUGGAGACGACACCGCGUCCACAUCCGACGACACCCUCAAAGAGAUGAUAACAAAACUUACGGGAGAGGUGAAGGGGAUGCGUGGUGAACUUACCACUAUGCAAACUAAUCUCAACACCAUGCAAGGAGACCUCGUGGCCGUGCAAGAAGAAUUUACAACCGUCCAUGACGGUAUGGCGGAGUUGAGAGCACGGAUUAAUCAAAAUGAGGCCGAACCGCCUAGUUUCCGGGAGAGAAGUACGGGCGGAUGGAAUGAUGGAAGCGGAAAUGAUGAUGCCUACUCCAACCACCACAAUGGAGGGGGGAGGCCUAAUAGGAACUAUGGGGGGGAAAGGUACGAUGACCCCUCGAGAAACUUCAAGCACACCAUUCCGGAGUUCCAUGCGAAGUUCGAGCCCGCCACAUACCUAGAGUGGGAGUCUCAAGUGGACAAGAUAUUCUCCCUUCAUAACUACUCGGAGGAGGACAAGGUCAAACUAGCCAUCACCGAGUUUCGAGGCCAUGCUAACACUUGGUGGUCCGAUCUCUUGAGGAGGAGGAGAGCCACGGGUCGAGAAGUAGUACGGUCAUGGGCGGAAUUGAAUGAGCUCAUGAGAGCCGCCUUUGUCCCGAGAUCGUAUUUCCACAAGUUGAGAGGUGAACUCCAAGAUUUGAGGCAAGGAAGCAAGACCGUCAUGGAGUACUAUUAUGAUAUGAUAGCCCUCAAAGGGAGAUUGGGGCUUGAGGAAAGUGAAGAUGUCACCCAAGACCGCUUCAUACACGGGCUCAAUGUGCUUCUUAGGCACAAGGUCCAAAUUGAGGCCCAAAGGGGAAUAUCUUUGGAGGAGGUCAUUGGAUUCGCCGAGACAUUUGAGAGGCAAGGCAAAGAGAAGGUCGCUAGCAAAGGGAUGAUGAGUUUCCACCCUAUCUCGGGAGGGGGCUCAAGCAAUUGGGGCACCACCCAAAGGAAGGGAGAAACGACCACUACACCUCAACCUUUCUCAAAACCUCCCGUGAAGGCAUUGCCGGCGCCACCAUUGGCCAAGGGAGCACCUCAAGCCGGUGAUAAGAGACCUCAAUGUUUCAAGUGCAAGGGAUAUGGCCACUACGCUAGAGAGUGCAUCAACCAAAGGGUCAUGGUGAUAGGGAAAGAUGGCCAAGUCUAUAGUGAGGAUGAAGAAGAAGCGGGUGUUGAAGGGGAUGACUCCUCUUACCACGCUCAUGUCAAUAGUGACUACUCUAGCGAAGAGGAGUUGGCCGAAGGGGUGAGAAAUCUUGUGGUGCUUCGGACCCUUAGCGCCCAACCUAAGCAAGAAGAGUGUUUGGAGCAACGUUCUAAUAUCUUUCAUAUGAAGUGCAAGGUUCAAUCCAAAACUUGCCUUGCGAUCAUCGAUGGAGGGAGUUGUGCCAAUGUGGUGAGCGAAAAAUUGGUAGCCAAGUUGCAACUACCGGUGAUGAGGCACCCUACGCCCUACCGCCUUCAAUGGCUAGGUGAUGGUGGAGAACUCAAGGUGGUCAAUCAAGUCAAAGUUCCAAUGAGAGUGGGGGAAUUGGAGGAGGAGGUACUUUGUGAUGUCAUUCCCAUGACCGCUUGCCACUUGCUCCUUGGUAGGCCUUGGGAGUAUGACAACAAGGAGUUCGAGGACGUGUUCCCAAGUGAGCUCCCAAAUGAGCUACCACCGAUCCGGGGAAUCGAGCACCAAAUGGAUUUCGCACCGGGAUCAUCAUUACCAAACCGAGCCGCCUACAAGGCCAAUCCCAAUGAGACGAAGGAAUUGCAAAGGCAAGUCGAAGAACUCCUUGCCAAAGGUUUGGUCCGUGAGUCUUAUUCCCCUUGUGCCGUACCCGUUAUACUUGUGCCUAAGAAAGAUGGGACUUGGCGUAUGUUGGUUUUCCUUGGGUUUGUUGUGGGGAAGGAUGGGGUCAAGGUAGAUGAGGAGAAGGUUAGGGUCAUCAAGGAGUGGCCCACGCCCAAAAAUAUGAGUGAGAUUCGAUCUUUCCACGGCCUUGCUAGUUUCUAUAAAAGGUUCGUUAGAGAUUUCUCCACUAAAGCCGCUCCUUUGAACCAUCUUGUUAAAAAGAAUGUGGCGUUUAAUUGGGGGAGUGAACAAGAGCAUGCUUUUAACACUUUGAAACACGAUCUUACACAUGCACCGUUGCUUGCUUUACCUAAUUUUGAGAAAACUUUUGAGUUGGAGUGUGAUGCUAGUGGGGUAGGGAUUGGUGGAGUCUUGAUGCAAGAAGGGAAACCUCUUGCUUAUUUUUCGGAGAAAUUGAACCAAACUCACUUGAACUAUCCUACUUAUGAUAAGGAACUCUAUGCCAUUGUUAGAUGUUUGGAAAAUUGGCAACACUUUUUGAUGCAUAGGGAAUUUUUCAUCCACACGGACCAUGAGUCAAUCAAGUUCUUGGGCGGCCAACACAAGCUUGACAAGAGGCACGCCAAGUGGAGCGCCUUCUUGGAGACUUUCCCAUAUGUCAUCCGGUACAAAAAGGGAAAGGAAAAUGUGGUCGCCGAUGCCUUAUCUCGUAAGCAUGAGGGUUACUUGUUUAAGGGGAAUAGAUUGUGCAUUCCCCAUGGAUCUUGGAGGGAAGUGCUUGUGAGGGAGUCCCACCUUGGGGGAUUAAUGGGUCAUUUUGGGGUAGCUAAGACCUAUGAUAUCUUAAUUGAACAUUUUUAUUGGCCAAAAAUGAAGAGAGAUGUGCGGCGUUUUGUAGGAGGAUGCAUUGAGUGUAGACAAGCUAAGUCUAGGAGCAACAAUUAUGGCCUCUAUACCCCACUCCCUACCCCUUCCCUCCCUUGGGUAGAUUUGUCUAUGGACUUUGUGCUAGGCCUACCUCCUUCUCAAGCCCGGAAUGAUAGUAUCUUUGUGGUGGUGGAUAGAUUUUCCAAGAUGGCUCAUUUUAUUCCAUGUAAGAAGAACAAUGAUGCCAAGCACAUAGCCGGCCUCUUCUUUAGGGAGGUGGUGAGGAUCCAUGGGAUUCCCCAAACUAUAGUGAGUGAUAGGGAUGUCAAGUUCCUAAGCUACUUUUGGAAGACUCUUUGGAAUAAACUAGGAACCAAACUUUUAUUCUCUACCACGGCGCACCCUCAAACCGAUGGGUAAACCGAGGUGGUGAAUCGCACCCUAGGGGCUUUACUUAGGGCUUUGGUUAGUGAGAAUAGAAAGACAUGGAAACCUUGCCUACCCAUUGCCGAGUUUGCUUACAACCGGACUACGCAUUCUACUACCGGUCAUUCUCCAUUUGAAAUUGUUUAUGGAUUUAACCCGCUAACCCCGAUGGACCUAGCGGGGCGGAAAGAAGUGAUCUUCAACCCGGGGGACAUGGUGUGGGUUAACUUUCGGGCGAUCCGUUUCCCGGAUAAGGUGAAGUCCAAGCUUGCGGCACGCGGAGGUGGCCCAUUCCGAGUCAAGGAAAGGAUCAACAACAAUGCCUAUAUCAUUGAGUUGCCGGGCGAAUUCAAGGUGCACCCCACGUUCAACGUGUCCGACUUGAGCCCGUUUGAAUUUGCAAGAGAUGAGCCGGAUUUGAGGUCAAAUCCUUCCCAAGAAGAUGGGGAUGAUGCGAACCCAACCGACACGCAUCAUGCAUCGAGCCCUCAAGGACGUACACCAAAAGAGGACGAGGAAGAUGAGUAG